AUGAGGCCUAAAGCUCAUAAACCCUUCAACUCGAAGCUGCUCAUUCUAGCGGUCUUGGUUGCCUUUUUCCUCCUCUUUGUGCUAAGAUCAAACUUGUCUACACUCAACACCGAACAAGAGGCGAACCCAGCUAGUACUUCACAAGAAUCGCAUUCACAAAAGAGUGAGAAGGGUGGAACGGAUUGUUCCCUAAGUUGCCAAAAGAUACCUCCUUCUUUAUCCCAAGCACUCAUCCACUACUCAACCUCUACCAUCACCCCACAACAAACCGUGAAAGAGAUAUCGGUUUCGGCAAAAGUGUUGGCGAAGAAAUCGCCGUGCAACUUCCUGGUGUUUGGGUUAGGGCACGACAGCCUGAUGUGGAGUGCACUGAACCAUGGUGGAAGGACGAUCUUCCUGGAAGAAGACGAGGCAUGGAUCGAGCAAAUAAGGCGGAGGUUUCCCACGCUGGAGUCGUACCACGUGACGUACGAUAGCAAGGUGAAAGAGGCUGAGAAUCUGAUGGAGGUUGGAAGAGGAGUGGAGUGCACAGCAGUGGGAGACCCCAGAUACUCCGUUUGCCAGCUUGCUUUGAAGGGUUUGCCGAGUGUUGUGUACGAGACGAAAUGGGAUUUGAUAAUGGUGGAUGCACCCACUGGAUACUACGAGGAUGCUCCUGGGAGGAUGAGUGCCAUCUACACAGCUGGGAUGAUGGGAAGGAACAAGGAGAGUGGAGAGACCGAUGUGUUUGUGCAUGAUGUGAACAGAGAUGUCGAAGACAAAUUCUCCAUCGCAUUCCUCUGUGAAUCCUUCAUGAAGAAACAGGAGGGAAGGUUGAGACACUUCACCAUUCCUAGCUACAGGGAGGAUUCUCAGAACUUCCAGAGGCCCUUUUGCCCUCCCCUUCCUUCCUAA